AUGGCCUCCCCAUCUGAUCCUAACACCUCAAACUCAUUUCCACAAAAUCUCUUCCAAGAAAAUUGUUGGCCCGAAGAGCUAAGAGAAGCCAUCAUUAUUUCAUCACUACCCAGAGAGGAAGGUUGGAUCUCUCCACAUAUAUAUAACUACAAAGGGUUUUGGCUUGCUCCUCAUCACUUGCUUGGUGUUCUAAGAUCCCACCAACACUUCCAGGCUCAAAAUUCUGAUGUUAUAAUAUGUACCCCUCCUAAAUGCGGCACCACAUGGUUGAAAGCUCUCAUAUUUGCCUUGAUCACUCGAAAACAAUUCCCAGUAUCACAAUUAGAAACCCACCCUUUACUCACAACAAAUCCUCAGGACUUGAUUCCCAACUUGGAAUUUUGUUAUGCAAGAGAAGAAAACAGCCCCCCUGAUUUCCCCACUGUGAAUAAUAAUGGGGUGAUGGUGAGGAUAAUCUCUAGGCAUUUACCACUAGAAUUGUUGCCCAAAUCGGUCGGGGAAUCGAAAUGCAAGCUCAUUUAUCUGUGCAGGGACCAAAAGGACACGGUUGUGUCGUUUUGGCACUUCACAAAUAAGUUGAGGGGUGAGAUUGGGGGCAUGGGAGAAAUACCGUUUCCAGAGGCAUUUGAUAAAUAUUGUAGGGGAGAAAGUCUGUAUGGGCCUUUCUGGGAUCAUAUGUUGGGAUACUGGAAGGAGAGCUUGGAGAAUCCUAGGAAGGUGUUGUUCUUGAAGUAUGAGGAAAUUAAGGAAGAGCCGGAUGUUCAGUUGAGGCGAAUGGCGGCGUUCUUGAAUUGCCCGUUUUCUGAGGAAGAAGAAGAGUGUGGUGUAGUAGGUGGAAUCUUGAGACUUUGCAGCUUUGAAAGCUUGAGAAAUAUGGAAAUUAACAAGACUGGUAAAGACUUAACUUUUGGUCAUUCGAAUCAUGUGUAUUUCAGGAAAGGUAAGGUUGGAGAUUGGAGGAACCAUCUAACAGAUGAAAUGGCCACCAAACUUGAUCAAAUUAUUGUUGAAGAAAAGUUUAAAGGGACCGGGCUCAAGUUCUGA